AAGCUCGUCCUCAUAACCGGAGCCACCGGCGCAAUCGGACGCGCAACAGCCGUCGCCUUCGCCAGAACAGGAAAAUACAACCUCGCAUUACACUACGCAACCGCCCACGAAAGCACUCGCGAAAAGCUUCUCUCCGCAAUCGGAGACGUCCUACCCGCCGUCAUCGACGUAGCACUCUUCCAAUCCGACCUCUCAGACUUCGACGGCGUCCGCCGUCUCCAUCGCGAAGUCGUCGAAGGUUUUGGUCGAGGAAUCGAUAUUUUAUUCCUAAAUGCUGGAAUCACAGGUGCAAAAACGAAUCCUUCCUCUUUAAGCGAAAUUCCGAUCCAGGUUUUUGAGGAUGUCUGGAGGAUGAAUUGCGCGGGACCGAUACUUUUGACGCAACUUUGUGCGCCGUAUAUGGAGCGACAGGGUUGGGGGAGGGUUGUGUUUAAUAGUAGUAUUGCGGCGUUCACGGGAGGUGGGGUUGGGCCGCAUUAUGCUUCUUCGAAAAGUGCGAUUCAUGGGUUUGUGCAUUGGUUUGGGGGCAAUGUGGCAAGGAAGGGGGUUACGGUCAAUGCUGUUGCGCCGGCGUUGAUUGAGGAUGCGGCUAUGCUUGGGGAGAUGGAUGAGAGUGGGAAGAAGAGGAUUGCUGAGAAAAUUCCUGUUGGAAGACUUGGUAGGCCAGAAGAGGUCGCUGAGACCGUGCUAUGGUUGGUGAGCACGGGUUAUGUGACGAGGAAGAUCAUUCCUGUUGAUGGUGGA